UGGAACUGCAGUGCGUGAUGACGUGAGGCGGUGUGACGCAGAAGUCAGUCUCCCAGGCAGCAGCAGAUGAGACCGUUUGGCGAAGAUGGCGGACUCGCUGUCGUCAGGUCUGGGAGAGGAGCAGGAGCAGGAGAAGGAGGACAGGGAGCGGGACAAGAAGGCUGCCAAAACGGACAAGAGCAAGGAGAAAGAUGGAGCCAAGGAGACACCGGGGCCCGGUGAUAAAAAUGGAGGCAGUAAAGGCAAGAAACGCAGCCUGUCAGAUCUCUCUCUGGUCAGAUUUAUAACUACUGAGCUUACCAGGGGCUACUUCCUGGAACACAAUGAGGCCAAAUACACCGAGCGCAGAGAGAGGGUCUACACCUGCCUCCGCAUCCCCAAGGAGCUCGAGAAGCUGAUGACUUUCGGCUUCUUCCUGUGUCUGGAUGCCUUUCUUUACGUGUUCACUCUGCUGCCCCUCAGGGUGAUUCUGGCCCUUUUACGACUCAUCACGUUGCCUUGCUGCGGCCUCAGUGGCUCCCGCCUGCUGCAGCCAGCCCAGGUGUGUGAUGUGCUGAAAGGCUUCAUUAUGGUGCUGUGUUACUCUAUGAUGAGCUACGUGGAUUACUCCAUGAUGUACCACCUCAUCAGGGGGCAGUCUGUCAUCAAACUGUACAUCAUAUACAACAUGUUAGAGGUGGCAGACCGCCUGUUCUCAUCAUUCGGCCAGGACAUCCUGGAUGCUCUGUACUGGACAGCCACAGAACCCAAAGAGAAGAAGAGAGCGCAUAUAGGCGUGAUCCCUCACUUCCUCAUGGCUGUUCUCUACGUCUUUCUGCACGCCAUCCUCAUCAUGGUUCAGGCCACCACUCUGAACGUAGCCUUCAACUCCCACAACAAGUCUCUGCUCACCAUCAUGAUGUCAAACAAUUUUGUGGAGAUCAAAGGAAGUGUGUUCAAGAAAUUUGAAAAGAACAACCUUUUCCAGAUGUCGAACAGUGACAUAAAAGAGAGGUUCACCAACUACAUCCUCCUGCUCAUCGUGUGUCUGAGAAACAUGGAGCAGUUCUCCUGGAACGCUGACCACUUGUGGGUGCUGUUUCCUGAUGUAGUGAUGGUGAUAGCCUCUGAAGUUGCAGUGGACGUUGUGAAGCACGCCUUCAUCACCAAAUUCAAUGACAUCAGUGCUGAUGUAUACGGGGAAUACAGAGCCAGCCUUGCCUUUGACCUUGUCAGCAGUCGACAGAAAAAUGCUUACACCGACUACAGUGACUCAGUAUCCAGAAGAAUGGGCUUCAUCCCACUUCCUUUAGCUCUGCUGUUGAUCAGAGUGGUAACCAGCUCAGUGAAGAUCCAGGGCUCCCUCUCCUUUAUGUGUGUGCUGCUGUUUUACCUGGGGAUGAUCACUCUGAAGGUGCUCAACAGUAUCGUUCUGCUGGGGACGUCUUGUGUGUUCGUCAAAGAGGCCAAGAUGGAAGAAAAGCUCUUCGACCCUCCACCCUCCGUUGUCUCCAGCCGUGUGAACUCCAGAGCCCACCGCACCAAACACAUCCACGUUUCACCACAGCAAGAACCCGCAGCCGACAAAGGAGGAAUAUCACUGCUAGCGGACAAUUUUCCACUCCCCAACAUUGCAGAGAGCUCUGCUCCAACACUCCCCAAGAGCGACUCUGACACAUUCCUGACGACACCCGACGGGGAUGAGGAGGACGACGAUGACAAAAUUAUCAACGCAGACACGGGACUGGAAGGUGACAGACUUGAACCGAGAACACCCAAGAAAGACUUGCUGGAAAUAGACCGCUUCACCAUCUGUGGCAACCGGAUAGACUGAAUGCCAUAUCAAACAACCAGUGAGUCCUGGCGAAAAACAGCAAGGUUCAGGGAUCAGACACAGGUCGUGGAGCAUGCUCAGACCAGACGUAUUUGUUGUGCGCCUUACCCCCUGGAGUAUUUAUUUAUUUAUUACUGACAAACCAAGCCAAGGAAUAAAGCUGUUACUACAAGCAUCAGAGGCCACUUCAGAUGUUUCCAUCUGGUCCAGUCGGUGCCUCGUGAACCAGGUAAACCUCGUGGAUGGGUCCUGGUUGUCACUGCAACUAGCAGACAUGCUUGCUGAUGUCCACAAUGGGAAAGCUGGCAUGACCAGCCGGAGCAGAACUGGAUGGGGGGGGGGUUUGACUGCAUAUGUGAAAUAGAACAACGUGGGUCGCCGUGUGAUCACGACAGCUGGACUGUGCGAGAACGUGUUCAAAAGCACAAUCAAAUGUACAGUGCAGAGUUGUUUUUAGAAGAAAAAGAACAAAAUUUGUCAAUUUUUUAAAACAUUUUUUUAAUUUCAAAAAUCUGAAAAAUUUCAGAUAUUUGAAAUGAAGUUUUUAUGAAGAAUCUCAGAUCUUUUUUCUAAAAUUAACCUGCAGGACUGAAACUCACAUUAACACAUAGUUGGAAAUCUCAAAAUUGCUCAGCAGACACAAACAGCAACACACAUUUAAAAUGAUUUUUGUUUAAAUUGAGUUACUGUAAUGAUGAGCCCAAACAACCAUUGCUGUACAGUACAGUCUUGCAACGGUUUACCUUUACAUUACCAUAUAGACACAGAGACAAAUUUGGAGGUUUUAGUAUCAAGCAGUUUGUGUUGAUGUUGUUACUUUGAAGCACUGAAAUAAUAUAGUGCCUGUUUGUAAAGACUCAAGUAUUUAUUUUGAGGUGGAUUCCAAGCCAGAAAAGUUUGGAAGAUAUUUCAUUUUUAGGUGAUUUCUUUUAAAUAUAUUUUACCCAUAAGCUUCAUGUGUACACUCAUCGUUCAAGCAUGUAGCCUACAGAUAAUCUUGGUGUAACACCACUGUGUUCCUGGAUUCAUUUCAAAUUAAUGGUGUGUGACACUGGCAUACCAGCGUGAAUUUAAAGGCACAAUGAGAAGGAUUUAUCCAUUGUGGUUUGUAAACACAACAUUUACAAUUGGCCCCUCUUUCCAGCUCAGCAACCAGCCAACCCAAGACUCACUCACAUUUUGGAACGAGUUUUAGCAGCUUGCCUACAUUAAUAGUUUUUUGGUGCUGUUUCUGUCAUUUUUGCAGCUUUCUCUUCUCCAGCCCUUUACACCUUAAUAGUAAUAAUAAUAAUACAUUUAAUUUAGAGUUGCCUUUCAUGUCACCCAAGGUCACCUUACAAAGUAUAAAAUCUUAAACAUCGUUAAAAACAAGACAACCUUGCAAGUUUGGGCACUGUGUGUGUGUAGUACCCAAUACCAGUACCCUAAAGGGUAAAGGCCAAAGACUCGGCAACAAAAAAAUAAAAAUACAAAGACAGGAAAAUGUAGGCAAAAGGCAGAGUCUCUGCAGAUACAGACACUGCCACAAACUUCUAGUGACCCAUUAAUUGACGAUAGAGGGGAAUUGUUUUUUGUAUGAGUUUAUAUAUUGCUGUUUUUCUUGUUUUGUUUUUUUAAGGAAAAUCCCACUCAUUGUGCCUUUAACAUGUUUUGCAAUUAUUUACUGUUACUGUAUCUUAACAGUGAUUAAAAUAAUUCAGAUUUCAUAUAUGCAACUGAAAUGUUGAAGGAUACCUGAAGACUGAGAUGAAGUGAUUUGAGGGAGAAUCACCUCUAAAUAACUAGAAACAAGCAGGAGAUUCAUAUGAGCACUGUGUUAACCUAGUAAAUGUUUCAUUUGCCAGAGAGCUGUACGAAAAACGAAAAUGUCAGGUUUGAAUCCUAAAAGUUGCUGGUGUUGUUUGGUGUUGCUUUCUGCUCUGGCUUUGGUUAUUGGGAGAAGUUCUUUCCAAA